UGGCGAAACGAACAGGCAGCGACACAUCCACUCAGCAAGCCACAGUAAAAAAGAAAUGCAGUUCUUUUAAGAUGGAAUGGCUGUCGGAGUAUGUGCAAAUUGAAGAAAAAGCGGUGAAAUUGGGUGAGAUUUUUUCUUUUUCAAGUGAGAAAGGUCUACUCUGCAAAACAUGCAGCGAUGCCAAAGUAGCAAGUGAGUUUUCAGAGGGAAAAAUGUGGACUGAAUGGAAGCUGGACUAUCUCAAGCGUCACGUUCAGCAUAAAAGUCAUUUAAAAGCUGUCGAAACUGUACGAAGACUCAAGAUGGGACAGGGGAUUGGUACAUUAUUGCGGGGGAGCGCAAAAGAGCGAGAGAAAAGGAACGAGCUGUCACACAAAACAAAAUCGGACCCUGAACAAGUUAAAGUUCUCAUUGACAAUAUUUUACUUGCCAUCAAAAUGAAUGCAUCAAUUCUGUCAGUUCAACAAAUCCACGAUCACAUGGCAAAGUAUGUGAGUAUACCAGAAAGCUGGCGAAGCAAAAACUAUGCCUUUGAAUUUGUGAACUCAAUCAAUGAGAUAGUGCAGAAUGAGACUAUGUGCAGUAUUAAAAAUGCACCCUGGCAUACCCUGAUAGUAGAUGAGAGCACAGACAUAUCAGUACACAAAAUGCUAGUCAUAUAUAUUAAAUACAGGGAGGAAAAUGAUGUUAACUACAAAACUGUGUUUGGUGGCAUCAUCCAGCUGACAGCAUGCACUGCUCAGGAUAUUGUGCAAGGAAUAACUCAGUUUUACUCCAAACAUGGACUGGACAUGCAGAAAAUGGUGAUGCUGACCUCCGAUGGUGCCUCAGUAAUGCUAGGAAAACACAACGGAGUUGCAGCUUUGUUAAAGCGCCAAAUACCACACCUAACUGAACAACAUUGUGUGGCCCACAGAGAGGACUUGGGCAUUGAUGAUGCCUGGAAAAAUGUGCCUUCGAUGCGAGAUGUCGAAGCUCUUCUUAGAACUGUCUAUUCCACUUUCUCUCGGUCCGCUGUGAAGAGGGGCAAAAUGGAGGACCUGGCAAAGAUUCUUGAUGAAGAUGCACUGUCAUUCAGGCCUCUGAACGAAGUGCGAUGGCUGUCGCGGCACCAAGCUGUCAAUGCUGUUCUGAGGAACUACACUGUGCUUACAGAAUUCUGUAAAAGAGAAUUCACCGAUAACAGAGAUCCAGUGGCAAAGUACUGCUACAAAAAGCUGAGUGAUUCAAAAUUCAAGGUUACUAUCACUGCUCUGGGAGAUGUUUUGGGUGAGCUAGCACAACUCUGCCUCACUUUACAAAGACGCAACCUGACUGUGAUGGAAGGACACUGCUUUGCUAGAGCAAAAAUUGAGAAGUUGCGUUCCCAAUACUUGAAGGAGAAGGAUGUACAGUGGAGCGACCGUGUCAAAGAGGCAAUGGGGACCUCAUCAGCUGAUGGCAGAAAUACUGGUGAGAUUACUCUUUUUAUUAGUAAGCUGUGUGAUCACAUGGAUGCUCGUUUUCCAGAGGAUGAAUUAAAGGAGUGGUCUGCAUUUGACAUUGAAACAUUGAGCUCAGACAUCAGUUUUGACUAUGGAUCAGCAGACAUUGCCACACUGGCAAAGAAGUAUGAGGCCAUUCUCCACCACCCACCACAGUCUAUGGAGACCAUUAACAGUCAGUAUGCUGAAUUCAAGUACAUAAUGAAGCAAAAACUUAAACAGAGGUCAAUCAGCACAUUCUCAGAUAUGGUUGCUGCAACACUUAGAUGUGAGGAGCUAAAGGAGAUCUCACAGCUUGUGGAUAUUUGUGCUACAUUUCAAGCUUCCAGUGCCGACUGUGAAAGAGGAUUUAGUUUAAUGAAUCAUAUCAAAACAAAAUCCAGAAAUCGUCUUGAAGUGACACAUUUGGACCAGCUGAUGCGCAUAAAGUCAAAGCAAGAAGCAGACGAAGCCAUCAACCUGGACAAAGUGUACAACCAUUGGAGAAGUGAGAAGGACAGACGUGAAAAAUAAGAACAGGACCCUCAGCCAGGCAAAGCAGGACUCUUCCCAUGGCCAAAGCAGGACUCUCACAUACUGUAUAACAUCUACACAUCCCAUUUUUCAGAUUUUUGUCUUUUUUUAAGUGGACCAAAUUACUUAUUUAAAAAUAAAGCGUGCAUAUCUAAUGUUG